UUUAAUGGUAACACUAAAACUGAACAAGCAAAAAUUAAAGUGUCAAAAAAUAUUGAAUUGAGAUUUUUCUCUGUUUUAAAACAUUGUUAGAUUGAAUUUUCCAAAUGGCUUCUCUUAAAGAUGUAGCUUCGUUGUACCAAAAUCUUAAAACAGAAUGGUCUAAAAAACCAAGGAAACUCGAUAAGUGCGGAGAGUUGUUAAACAAAAUAAAGGUGGCAUUAACACAGCUGAGUUUUCUCCCGAGUAACAACGCAGCGGCUAAUCAGAAAGAAUUAAUUCUUGCGAGAGAUGUGCUUGAAAUUGGUGCACAAUGGGCAGUCGCUAGCAAAGAUGUAAAAGCGUUUGAAAGAUAUAUGUCACAGUUGAAAUGUUAUUACUUUGAUUACAAAGACCACCUGCCAGAAUCAGCAUUUAUGUACCAGCUGCUUGGUCUUAACCUGUUGUUUUUGUUGGCACAAAACCGAGUUGCGGAGUUCCACACAGAGCUAGAACGUCUCCCAGUGGAUGUGAUCCGAGCAGAUCCUUAUGUGAGACAUCCAUUAGCAUUGGAACAGUAUCUGAUGGAAGGAAGCUAUAAUAAAAUCUUUUUAGCAAAGGGUAAUGUACCAGCAGAAAGUUACACAUUGUUCAUGGACAGUCUGCUAGAGACAGUGCGUGGGGAGAUUGCAGCCUGCAUUGAGAAGGCAUACCUCAGCAUCCCAUGUGGAGAAGCAGCGCGGAGACUCAACCUUCCUUCACAAGUUGCUGUUCAUGAAUAUGGGAAGAAGCGUAACUGGGUGCUUGGUGCGGACAACUGCUAUCACUUCAACGCGGCGGACGAGGCGAGCGCUGCCGCCGCCGGCGUGCUGCCCUCCGCCGAGCUCGCUGAACAGACCAUAGAGUACGCAAGACAUCUAGAAAUGAUUGUCUAAACACUUCAUUUGUAAUAUUUUAUCAAUAAAAUUUUUAAAAUGAAA